AUGCUGUAUAAUUUGGCUAAACCGGUGGUCGUUACUGGGUCGCAGAUACCCAUCAACGAGACACGCACCGACGGCAGGAUCAACUUAGUCUCGUCACUGAUCAUUGCUGGCUGCUAUAAUAUACCGGAAGUGUGCGUCGUCUUUGCCAACAAGCUGCUUCGUGGCAAUCGAACGGUCAAGGUCAAUUGCAACACUCCGGAAGCUUUCGACUCGCCCAACGCUCCCCUGCUGGGCACGUUUAAUAAUGUCAUAAAUAUAAAUAGUUCCCUGAUACGCCCAAGACCCAGUGGUAAGCAACUCACUGUGGGAGGCGUAUUGGAGAUGAAUGUGGCCACCUUGAAAAUAACUCCGGAUAUGUCACUGGAUUUGAUUCGAUCGGCUCUGGCGGAGCCAAUUAAGGGCGUUGUCCUGGAGUCCUAUGGUAGUGGUAAUAUACCAUCAAACAGGAUCGAAAUAAUUGAUCUUCUACGGAAAGCUGUUGAUCGCGGAGUUAUUAUCGUCAACUGCACACAGUGCCUGUCCGGCUCCGUAGCCUCAAUCUACGAUGCUGGAGCAGUGCUUGACGAUGUGGGCGUUUUAUCCGGUUCGGAUAUGACUUCUGUGGCAGCAUAUACCAAGCUGGCCUAUGUCCUGGCAUUUGAUGUGUCGAACCAUCAUAAAAAGGAGCUCAUGAAGUACAAUUUACGCGGCGAAAUAACAAUGGCAGAUAUGAAUGUACACGUUCUAUAGUGAUUUUUGGAAUCCAGGGACUUCCCCCUAUUCGGGAAUGCACUUAAACACUAUAUACAUAUAUA